AUGUACAAGAAUCAGCUCCAAGAGCUAGCGCAGAGGAGCUGCUUCGGCCUCCCUUCCUACACUUGCCUAAGGGAAGGUCCAGACCACGCGCCGCGAUUCAAGGCCACCGUUAACUUUAACGGCGAGAUCUUCGAGAGUCCUCAGUACUGUUCCACUCUCCGUCAAGCUGAGCACUCCGCUGCUGAAGUUGCUCUCGCUGCCCUCUCUAAUCGUGGCCCUUCUCACUCUCUUGCCGCUAGGAUCUUGGAUGAGACUGGUGUGUAUAAGAAUCUUUUGCAAGAGAUAGCUCAGAGAGUUGGAGCUCCUUUGCCUCGUUACACUACUUUUAGGUCUGGUCUUGGUCACCAGCCUGUGUUUACUGGUUCCGUGGAGUUAGCUGGAAUCACGUUCACUGGAGAUAGUGCUAAGAAUAAGAAGCAAGCGGAGAAGAAUGCUGCUAUGUCUGCUUGGUCUUCUCUUAAACAAUUGGCGAAAGAAACUUCAAGCUCAAUGCCUGAGCCUGAGAAUAUGGACGAGCUUGAGCAGGUGAUAAUAGCGAGAGCGUUGAUAAACUAUCGUAUCAAGGAAAAUAUUGGCAUGGGGAGUUCUUCUAAUGCGCCGGUUCCAUUUGCGAAGAAGUUCUUCAUGCAGAACGUUAGAGCGACAAGUCCACAGCCUUCUCCUGCAACCACAUCGAGAAUCUUACCCUUUAUUUCCGCAAAACCUUCCUCUAGAACCUCUAGAUCUGUAUCAGCAGCAUCCGUUGAGAGAGCCAUUGCAGCCGCUUUGGAGAAUCGCAGCUACAGGCCGCAACAGAGAUUCGGUGCAACUCCAGGGACAGCAGCGCCGGCUCCUUAUGUUCCCAUGAGGCAUUUGAGAUCACCGUGUAACGGGAUGGCUCCACCUGUGACGAUUAGGACAGCUGUACCGGUCUUCUCUGCACCUCCACUUCCACCUUGUACAAACACUCAGCAGCAGCAGCGGCCUUCUGUGUAUGUGCCAUCGAUGAUGCGCACUGCAGCACCUGUGAGGUUCGCGCCUCCUGUCACGAUCAGAACUGCGGUUCCUGUUUUUGCUUGUGCUCCACAGAUCAGAAGGGAAGAGCCUUUGCCUGUUAGAAAAGUUAAUAUGCAGACCUCUGUGAAGCCUGUGGUCCAGGAAAGAGAGGAAAGAGCUCCAAUCUUGCCUGAUACUCUUGAUAUCGAGUUAGAAGGCAGUUGUAAACCAGUUUCAGAAACAGCAAAGGAAACCGAGAGAGCAGCAAAAGGAGAACAUGAGACGGUAAAAGAGAGACUUGAGAAUCUCAAAAUCUGGUAG